AUGUCGCCGUCGUCGUCGAAGCGGAGCAGCAGCCACGGCGCAGGUACCGCCAUCGACAAGCUCGACUACGCGCCACCACACUCGCCGCGCCGCCUGCUGCUCGCCCCCGACGACCCCGACCCCGACUCGACGCGCCACCACAGCCAGACGACGAGCUACGCCGGCAGCUUCUUCGAGCACGUGGCCGAGGGCAUCAUGGAGCGCGACCGCGAGCGCAUGCAGCGCGUCGUCGCCCGCUGGCUGAGCUUCGCCUGGGCCAUUGUCAACUGCCUGUGCGCCGGCAGCAUCACCGCCUACUCGCUGUACGGCCACCUGUUCCAGUCGCGCCUGCACUACACUCAGUUCCAGGUCAACAUCGUCAGCAUCGUCGCCGAGCUGGGCAUGUACCUGCCCGUCCCCGUCUUCGGCUACCUGUGCGACCGCCUCGGCCCCGGCGCCCCGUCUGCCCUGUCUGGCGCCUUCUUUGGCUUCGGCUACCUGCUUGCUGCGUUUGCGUAUAAGAGCGGGCCCCCGCCGUCUGCCGGCGGCCAGGGCUGGCCCUUUGGCGUCAUGGUGCUGGCCUUCGUCGCCGUCGGCAUGGGCACGAGCUGUAUGUACCUCUCCGCCGUCACGACGUGCGCGAAGAACUUUGGCCGCGGGAAUGCAAAGGGCAUCGCCCUGGCUGUGCCCAUUGCCGCCUUCGGGCUGAGCGGCAUGUGGCAGAGCCAGAUCGGGAGCCGGCUGCUGUACGUGACGAACCCCGACGGCAGCAGGGGCGACGUCGACGUCUACCGCUUCUUCCUGUUCCUGGGCAUCCUGCUGCUGUGCGUCGGCACCAUCGGCUUCUUCGCCCUGCGCAUCAUGGACGAGGAGGAGAUGAUCGACCAGGCCGUCGACGAGCUGGAGCGCUCCGGUCUGCUCGCCCAGGACGAGUUCUUCACCCAGGCCGCCCACCACCACGGCUACGGCACCAUGUCGACCCAAGACCUCUCCGACUCGACCUUCGACUUCCUGCAGUCGGAAGCCGAGCGUCUCAAAGAAAAGGCAGAAGAAGAGGCCCGCAAGAAGACAUGGCUCCUCAACGAAGAAACGCGCAGAUACAUCCUCGACCCCACCAUGUGGUGGCUAGCAGGCGGCUUCUUCCUCGUCACCGGCCCGGGAGAAGCCUUCAUCAACAAUCUCGGCACAAUCAUCAACACGCUCGAGUCCCCCCACGUAACCAUAACCACUUCCCCAGCAACCCACGUCUCCAUCGUCGCCAUCACCUCGACCCUCGCCCGCCUGCUAACCGGCACCCUCUCCGACAUGCUCGCCCCCGUCGCCCCAUCGCACCAGCACCGCCGCGGCCCAGACUCGCUCGCAAACUCCAUCGCCUCGCUGCCCCCCCUCGACCCCGCACCGCGCCGCUUCACCCUCUCCCGCAUCACCUUCCUCAUCACCUUCGCCUUCAUCCUCUCCCUCGGCCAGCUGCUCCUCGCAAGCGGCUGGAUCCAAAACCACUCCGAGCGCUUCGCUCUCGUCUCCGCCCUGAUCGGCGCCGGCUACGGCGCCGUCUUCAGCCUGACCCCCAUCGUUGUCUCUGUCGUCUGGGGCGUGGAGAACUUCGGCACGAAUUGGGGUAUCCUUGCUAUGACGCCUGCUGCGGGUGCGACGCUGUGGGGCGCUGUGUAUGCGCUUGUUUACCAGCGCGGUGCGGAUAGUGCGGCCCCGGGCUUCGAGAAGGCGAAAGAUGAUGUGCUGUGUUAUGGGAAGAUGUGCUAUGCGCCGACGUUUUGGGCCAUGACGGUUAGUGUCUGGAUGGCGAUGGGGUUGUGGAUGUGGGCGUGGAAGGGCCCGGGGGGCUGGAAGAGGAGGGGUGUUGCUGUUUAG